CUGAUAAGUGAGGGGGUGUUUGGUCAGAAGCAAAACAAAAAAUGUAUACAAAACAUCGAUGCUUAAAAUUCGCGAAACUAGUUAAUUGAAACUGCUAAAUCGACAAUAAAUAUAUAAUCCAGGAUGCUGGACAUUCGGCACAAGGCCGCCCUACACAGCAUGGUGUGUCAGGCGAUCCUGGUGCUGAUUUGCUUGGUUUGCUACGGCUGCGGUGGCCUGAGUGGGGCAAAAUUCGUCUUCGAUGACACGGUGGCCAUCGUCAAGAACCGGGAUGUCAACACACUGCCCACCAACUGGACGGCGAUCUUCACCCACGACUUCUGGGGCGCCUCCCUGCUCAGCUCCGAUUCGCACAAGUCCUUUCGGCCACUGACCACCCUGAUGUUCCACUGCGAGUAUGCCCUCCUCGGCCUGAAUGCCUCCCACAUGAAGUUCCUCAACCUCCUGCUGCACUGCGUCAACACGCUGCUCAUGUGGCGAUUGGUUCGGUCGCUGUAUGUGCCGGAGAUCAACACGGAGCGUUGGGCGAUCCUCUCCGCAGCUUUGUUUGCUGCUCAUCCCAUCCACACGGAGGCGGUUUCGGGUGUGGUGGGCAGGGCAGAGCUCAUGUUCGCCAUGAUUCACCUGCUUUGCCUUCUGCUGACCGUGGCCAACGCCGGCAAACACGGUAUUCAGACUGGUGGCCUAAUCCUGCUCCUGACCGCCGUGGGAAUGCUCUUCAAGGAGUCCGCUGUGACCAUUCCCAUGUCGUGUGUGCUGCUGGAUUACUUUCAAAAUGGCUUUUAUCAUUUGCCAGUCAAGGAUCAGUGGAACCUUUUGCACAACCGGAUGAGCUACUUGGUUUACUUGUUUGGCACUUUGGCUCUGCUGACGGCUCGCCUCUGGUGGCAGGACUUUGAGACGCCCACGUUCAAGGAGGUGGACAACCCAGUGGCCCACAAUGAGUACAUCCUGACCCGAGGACUAUCCCAGCAGUACCUGCUGGUCAUGAACAUCUGGCUGAUGCUGUGCCCCCACUGGCUGUGCUACGACUGGGCUUUGGGCUGCGUCAAGCUGGUGACCAGCAUCUGGGAUCUAAGGCUCCAGGGCGUCAUCGGAUUCUACUCCAUCCUGCUGGUGGCUCUGAUGAACUUCCGUCGCCUUCCUGGAUUAAUGCUAGCUCUGGGCUUGAUGAUAGUCCCUUUUCUGCCAGCGUCUGGAAUCAUUUGCGUGGGAUUCGUGAUCGCAGAGCGAACGCUUUACGUGCCCUCCAUAGGCUUUUGCCUGGUGUCCAUCUACGGAUUCCUCUACUGGUAUGAUUGCAGCAUCAAGAAAAGUAUUUGGCGCACUGCACUUCAGAUUCUCCUUAUGCUGCUUUUCACCGUGAUGAUGCUGCGAACUCGCCAGCGAGCCACCGACUGGCUGAAUGAAGAGCAGCUUUUUAAGUCCGCCCUUCAGGUGUGUCCGGACAACGCCAAGGUGCACUAUAACAUAGCUCGGCUGGCCACUGAUACGGGAAACAAUACGAAAGCCUUUUUGCACUACCACAAGGCCAUUGAGCUGUAUCCCAGCUACGAAUCAGCCUUGAUGAAUCUUGGGAACCUGUACCGGGAGCACGGCCAACUGGCUACAGCUGAGGAGUACAUACGAUUGGCUCUGCAGGCAUAUCCGUCCUUUCCCGCGGCUUGGAUGAAUCUCGGCAUUGUGCAAUCGGCCCAGGGAAAGUUCGACAAGGCCUUGGCCAGCUAUGAGAAGGCCUUGAAGUACAGGACCAACUUCGCUGUGUGUUACUACAACAUGGGUAACCUUUAUUUGGAGCAGAAGCUCUACGCCGAAGCCCUCCAGCAUUGGCAGCACGCUGUGGCGCUGAAUCCCCGCCAGCCGAAAGCCUGGGCCAACAUUCUUACCAUGCUGGACAAUCGAGGAUUGCAGGACGACGCCCUGCGCAUCUCCAAUCAGGCCCUGCAGCAUCUUCCCAACGAUGCCAGCAUCCUGUUUAUUCGAGCCAAUGUCCUAGGCAAAUUAAAGCACUACGCGGAGGCGGAGUCGCUCUAUUUGCGAGUUAUUGAGCUAGAGUCCCACAACAUGCUCUACUAUACGAAUCUCGGAGUUCUCUAUCAUCGGUGGGACAAGUCCCAGGAGGCUAUAGAGGCUUAUCGGACGGCGAUAAGUAUUAACGCGGCGAGGGCAACGACAGCGCGGGAGAAUCUCAGCAAGCUUCUGAAGCGACUGCAGCGGGAAGCGCAGGUCAACCAAAGAUAAGCGUUAGCUUUCAAGUCGCACCGCAAAAUAUGGAACCAACCAAAUGUUGUUUGUCUUUGAACGCAGUAAUGCGAGCUACAAUAAUCCCGGAGAAAAUAUGAGGUUGUGGGUUCAGUCACUAGUCCCAGGAAGUUAUAAACGUACUUACUUUUGAAAGACACUAAAAUUAGAUAGCAAUAUAUGAAUAUCAAACGACCCAUAUCCCAUCCACGGAAUCUCAGUACACCUUAUUUAUUUUUAGUAUAAGUUUAGGAUAAUUUAUUUAUUUAUUAUUUUACUCGAGGGUAUAUACAGUUAAUGUUAAAACUAAUUAAUGAUCGAACAAUUACAAUACGACUUACAUAAAUUAACUAAACCCUAGAACGUAAGGACUACAUGAAAUACUUUAGAAAAUAGUGACAAUUUAGGCACCAUUGUAAAAUGAUUCAAUUCCAUUAAAGAUUCAUGUUUUUAAAAUAA